UCUACUCUGCCUCCAUGAGACCCAUUUUUUAAUCUCCCACGUAUGAGUGAGAACAUUCAAUAUUUGUCUUUCUAGGCUUGGCUUAUUUCACUUACAUUAAUGACCUCCAGUUCCAUCCAUGUUGCUACAAAUGACAGAAUCCCAUUCUUUUUCAUAAUAUUGUCCAUACAUACCACAUUUUCUAUAUCCAUUUAUCUGUUGAUGGACACAGGUUGCGAAGGGAUUGCUGGAUUGUAUGAUAAUUCUAUGUGUAGUUUCUUGAGGCACCUUCAUGGUGUUCUUCAUAGUGGUUGUACUACUGUACAUUCCUACCAAUGGUGGAUGAGCGUUCCCCUUUCUCCACAUCCUCACAAGCAUUUGUUAUUUUUUCUUUUUUUUCAAAUGAACAUUUUAACUGGGGUGAGAUAUCUUAAUGUGGUAUUGGUUUACAUUUCCCUAAUUAUGGUUGAGCAUUUUUUCACAUAUCUAAUGGCCAUUCAUAUGUCUUCCUUUGAGAAAUGUCUAUACAGAUCUCUUGCCCUUUUUUUUAAUUUUUUUUUUUUUUUUUUUGAAUUGGGGUCACCCAGGCUGGAGGUGAUCUGGGCUUCCGCAUCCUGGGCUCAAGUGAUCAUUCCACCUCAGGAUGACCCAAAUAGCUAGGACCAAAGGCGAGUGCCACCAUGCUCAGCUAAUUUUUUUGUAUUUUUUGUAGCGACUGGGUUUCACCAUGUUGCCCAGGCUGGUCUUGAACUCCUGUGCUCAAGUGAUCCGCUCACCUUGGCCUCUCAAAGUGCAGAUACUUUAGCCAUGCCUGGCCUUUUUGUCCAUUUUAUUUUUUUGAGAUGGAGUCUUGCUGUGUCACCCAGGCUGGAGUGCAGUGGUGCGAUCUCGACUCAGUGCAACCUCCGCCUCCCAGGUUCAAGCAAUUCUCCUGCCUCAGCCUCCUGAGUAGCUGGGAUUACAGGUGUGCACCACCACACCCAGCUAAUUUUUUUGUAUUUUUAGUAGAGAGGGGGUGUCACCAUGUUGGCCAGGGUGGUCUUGAACUUCUGACCUUGUGAUCUACCCACCUUGGUCUCCCAAAGUGCUGGGAUUACAGGUGUGAGCCACUGCGCCCAGCCUGUCCAUUUUUUAAUCAGGUUAUGGGUUUUUUGCUAUUGAAUUGUUUGAGUUCCUUAUAUAUUCUGGUUAUGAAUCCCUUGUUAGAUGGUGUGUUAGGCCAUUCUUGUGUUGCUAUAAAGAAAAUCCUGAGUCUGGGUAAUUUAUAAAGAAAAAAGGUGUAAAUGGCUCAUAAUUCUGCAGACUGUACAGGAAGCAUGGCACCAGCAUUGCUUGGCUUCUGGGGAGGCCUCAAGGAACUUUCACUCAUAGCAGAAAGCAAAGCAGGAGCAGGCACAUCACAUGGCAAGAGAGCAAGAGAGAGAGGUGGAGGAGGUGCCACACACUGUUUUAAACAACCAGAUCUCUCAAGAACUCAUUGUUGUUAGAAAAGGAAUUAAAAGAAAUCAAAGAGUGUGUAAGCAGAAACUCAGUUGUACGUAAGAAAACCCAAUUCCCCCUGAGAAAGAGAAAGAGCUGGAGUCCUUUAAAAAUUAACUGCCUGUUUUUCUGGUGGCUAGUGAGUGUUAGCUCUCCUCCCUUCCCAGGCAUUGUGAAGACCCUGUUUCCCUAGCUGUGCAGCUGCAAGGUCACUAGACAGAUAAACUCAAGUCGCAAAACGUUUUUCCUUGAAAAGUAAGAAAUGAUGUAAUGCAUGUCUUGACUGAAUAACUGUCUUUGUUUCUUGCUUCUGUAAUAUGCUUCCCCCUGCACAGAUCUCCCCCUGCCCCACGAAAUGCUUAAAAGCUAACUUAACUCUUUGUUCAGGGCUCAGUCCUUUGGAUGUUAAUCUGACUGGGCCGGAGCACCUAAAUAAUAAAUAUCCCCUGAACCCCA